AUGCUUAAUUUUCUUCCCCUAUACAAUCGGGCUCGCAUUCGCAUAUUAAUAACGGUUCAACGCUGCCUCGGGAUUUCUCCAAAACGCCUGGCCACAACAAAUCUCACCCUUAUCUUCAACCCCCGACUACAACAAUCCCCCAACACGACCACCGCAAUGCCGGCCGGCGAGCUCUGCCCGACGGCGGUGCCGUUGCAUCCCACUAGCCCUGCCUCCCCCACCGCCGCAGCGUCCGGCGACGAGGCCUGGGUAUGGGCUCAGAUCAAAGCCGAGGCCCGGCGAGACGCCGAAGCCGAGCCAGCUCUCGCCAGCUACCUCUACUCCACUAUCCUCUCCCACUCUUCCCUCGAGCGAUCCCUCGCCUUCCACUUGGGCAACAAGCUCUGCUCUUCCACCCUCCUCUCCACUCUCCUCUACGACCUCUUCCUCAACACCUUCUCCUCCGACCCUUCCCUCUGCGCCGCCGCCGUCGCCGACCUCCGCGCCGCCCGCGUCCGCGACCCCGCCUGCGUCUCCUUCUCCCACUGCCUCCUCAAUUACAAGGGUUUCCUCGCUUGUCAGGCGCAUCGAUUGGCUCACAAGUUGUGGAUGCAAUCCCGGCGGCCGCUGGCUCUAGCGCUGCAGUCCCGGGUCUCCGACGUUUUCGCCGUCGACAUUCACCCGGCGGCGAGGAUCGGGAAGGGGGUUCUGUUCGACCACGCCACGGGGGUGGUCGUGGGCGAGACGGCGGUGAUUGGGAACAACGUGUCGAUCCUGCACCACGUCACGCUCGGUGGAACGGGGAAAGCUUGCGGCGACCGGCACCCGAAGAUCGGCGAUGGCGUGCUGAUAGGCGCCGGGGCGACGAUCCUGGGGAAUGUCAACAUUGGAGAAGGAGCGAAAGUUGGGGCAGGGUCGGUGGUUCUGAUCGACGUCCCUCCGCGGACCACGGCGGUGGGGAACCCUGCCAGGCUCGUCGGAGGGAAGGAGACCCCGUCCAAGCACGAGGAGUGCCCAGGAGAAUCCAUGGAUCAUACGUCAUUCAUUUCGGGCUGGUCGGAUUACAUUAUCUAGGACUUCCCCGCCGGAGUUCCCUUCCUUCUGAGUGAGACUGCAAAGUUUUUGUGAUGCAGGAGUUAUAUAUGGGAAUGGAGAAGAAGGAGAAAGAAGAAACAACGAUAGAGAAUAACUCACAUUGUAGACUUGUUUGAGCUUCUCUUUGUCGGAGACUCGGAACUGUGUGCUAUUGAGCUUCUUGUUGAUUUCCCUGUUGGAAAUGAAAGCAGAAGCUCAUGAUAGAAGCGGGGAAAGGGCUAUAGAGGAUGAAGGAGGGGGAAUCAGGAUGAUGGAGAUUACUCUACAGUUUUGCAGACAGCAGCGUAGAAGUCAGCCGAGCUCAGUUCCUGGGUAUUUUCUGUGAAAUACUUGUCGCAACAUUCUUCAAUGGCAGUAGCUAUAUCUCUGUCCUUGUUAUGCUCACUUCCUGCAAUCCCAGGUAGGUUUGGGUUUAGUUACAGGAUGAGUACAGAAAGUAGACUAGAGGCGAUAAUUAGUUAUUGUGCAGGUGAAGAAUAGUAAGUUUUGAAAACCCAGGUUAGAUUUUUUUCAUUCCUGGAUAUGUUGUAACUUAAAUUGCGUUGAUUGAUGAUCGAUCCCCUUGCAUCAUAAGCAAGGCACUGGCUGUGGCUAGUUAUCUAUAUGUUGUUCCAGGUGUUGGAACCAUAAGCCCAGAAGUAUGGAACAGUUCCUAGAAACAGAAUUGAGACAACAUGGUUUUUGCAGAAUAAGAAAAAGAAACAAAGAAUUUCAAAGGCACAGCUUUUGGUGAUCAUCAGGGGAAAGACAUAAAAAAACAAGGGAGAAGGGGGGAAGAUGUGAGAGCAUACCAGGAGCCAAUUUCAUCAUAGAUUGGCCCAUCUCUUCAAAUGGUGAACCGAGCAGUGGUAAUUCUGGCACAAACAAUGGCUGCUGGUUAUUGAGAAAAGGGCUGCAUGGCAGAGUAUCUAUCUUGUGUUGCCUUGCUUAGGAAGCAAAGCUGCAAACAAACUUUCAGGUAGCUGAUAUUAUCAUUGUCAAGACCAAAAACACCUGUAUCUUGAUACCAUUUCCUUGCAUCGGAUAAGGAGUUGUUAUAUUACUAAGAACCCGAACAACAUAAAGCGAUUUCAUAGAUUUGAAUUUUGUACAGGUCUUUAUCAUUUCCUAUGCUUCAACUAGUUGAGUAGGGGAUAGAUUAUGUGACUCGAAUGCGG